ACAAGCACUUUCUCUCUCUCUCUCUCUCUUCUUCGACUCACUCGUUCACUGGACGCCUCAAUGAGGAGUAGCCCUAAUUUGGAGUGUUAGUUUAGGUUGUGUGAAAAUUUGCAUUUUUCAGUGUCGUUGGUGUUUUAGGUGUCACAGUCUCAAAAUCAAUUUGCUCUUUUUGCGUUGUUGUUGUUGUUAGCUAUUAGGUUUUGAAUCAAACCGCUCUUAGAACUGUUUUGGUGAAAUUGAUUUGAAGAUGGAUCUGUUGAGCAAUUUACCAGAAGAUGUUCGUUGUCAUAUAUUGUCAUUCCUCACCACAAAGGAGGCAGCUUUGACAUCACUUCUCUCAAAGAAGUGGCGCAAUCAGUUUGCACUUGUCCCUAAUCUUGAUUUUGACGACUCUGAGUUUCUUUAUCUGGAUGAGGGUAAGUGGGAUACAGAUGAUGAUGAUGAUGAUGAUGAUGAUGAUGAUGAUAUACUUGAGAGCUUCAUGGGUUUUGUCGAUAGAGUAUUGGCUUUGCAAGGUACGUCUCCCAUUCGUAAGUUCUCUCUCAAGUGUCAAAGUGGUGGUGUUUCUCAAGCUUGUGUGAAUCGUUGGUUAUCUCAAGUGCUUCAGCGUGGUGUCUCGGACAUUGAUCUUACCAUCGAGUUCGAAGAUGAUUACUUUCCUCCUCAGGAGAUGUUCGUUAGUGAGACUUUAGUCAAUCUGAGACUAAAAACUGAAUUUGGUGGUAUUCGUUGGUGGGUUGGAUCGAAAGGCACUUUCUUACCAAUGCUUAAAAGUCUUGAUAUUGACUCUUGGAGGUUCUUUUGUGAUGAUAGGAUUGAGUUGAUGCUUCCUUCUUUCCCUGUGCUUGAGGAGUUACGAUUGGUUGGUGUUGAGUGGAUAGAUUCUACCGUGUCAUGUACAAACCUCACUAAGCUACUUCUUAGCGCCACCGGCCCUAAAGCCUGUCGAAAACCAAAGAGCGUUUCUUUUGAUACUCCUAAUCUGCUUUCCUUAGCCUACUCUGAUUUUGUUGCUGAAGACUAUCCAUUGGUUAAUAUGAAAAGUUUAUUUAAGGCUCGAAUCAUCCUUGGAGUAGAUGAAGAUCAAAUCGAGCGGAUACGAGCCCCAAGUAACAGUUUGUCAGAUGAUGAUGUUGUUCUCCGAUUUGGCAAUGUGGUAAAGCUUAUGAAGGGCAUACAAAAUGUUCAGGAACUUCACUUGCAUUCUGAUACUCUCGAGGUCCUUUCUCUGUGCUGUGAAUCGAUGCCUGUGUUCAACAACGUCAAAACGUUAGGCAUUAAGAGUGACGACGACCGAGGAUGGCAAGCAGUACCUGCUCUUCUAAGGAAUUGUCCUCAUCUAGAAAUCCUAAACUUUGAGGGUCUCGUGCACCAUGUGACAGAUAAAUGCGGGGAUGCUUGUGACUGCAUAUACCGGAAGGAAAAAGGCCGUUCGCUCAAAUCUUGUCCUGUAAAAGUGAUACAGAUCAAAGAGUUUAGGGAAACAAUGAAAGAGAUGCACCUGAUAGAGCAUUUCUUGGACAAUUUCCCAUGUUUGAAGGAGAUGAAGAUCUGUAGUGAAGAGUAUGGUCCUUCACAGCUUAGAACCGACCCUGAAGUGUUUGAUCUUAUCAUGGACAUGAUAGAAGAGUACAAGGAUUUAUAUAGUUGCGAUGUCCAACUCUACGAGCCGUGUGACAAGUGUACUGAACAUUGAAGUCUUUGAACAAAGCCCCCUCGGAAUUUGACUUAUCAGAUCCUUGCUUUGUUUUUCUUUAUCUCAUCUAUGUGUAUCUAUCUUUUAAUUAUCAUAUCCUGCUUAAAAAAUCCUCGGCUCAGCCAGACUGAUAGUCAUGCUUAUUUUGGUUAAACCCUCAGAAACUUUCUAAUUGUUUUUGAAUACUUUCAUGACUGAUUUUUAUC